UUAUUCAACCAAGCUCUAUAAAAGUAGAUCAAUAUCCCCUAACCACAACUCCUCCAUUCUUUCGAAAUGGCCACCAGCAACAGCUAUUUUGCCAGACAAAAGUACCGAUUCCUUUCAACUGACCUCAAACACCAUGCGCAACUCUCUCACGACUCACCCUUCGAACUCGACGAGUCCGACAUCUACCACCACACCACUACUCUCUCUAUCUCGCCCGACUGCCGCAAGCCCGUCCUCAGUCCGCGACUCGUCAAGAAGUCAACUUCCGCCGCCGCUUCCUGUAGACCGACAGAUUCCAGGGAAAAAAUAGGCGGAAAACCGUCGUCGCUGCCGGUGAAUAUACCGGACUGGUCGAGGAUAUUGAAGAACGAGUACCGAAGGGGAUCUGACGUUGUUGAUGAUCGUGGUGAUGUUGAUGAUGAUGUGGACGGUGAUGAUUGUUUUGAUGGCGGGGUGAGGGUCCCACCUCACGAGUUAUUGGUGAGGCAGAUGGCUAGGUCAAGGAUCGCAUCCUUCUCGGUUCAUGAAGGGAUAGGGAGGACUUUGAAAGGGAGGGAUCUUAGUAGGGUCAGAAAUGCAAUUUGGGAAAAAACUGGCUUCCAAGACUGAAAAGAGGGGAAAAAACAAAUUUGAGGUCUUUUUGAGAAAAUAACAACGGGGAUUUUUCAUUUUUACACAGAGAGAGAAAGGAAUUUCUUACGUUAGAAUACGUAUGUGAUAGAUGGAAUUGCUCCAUUUUUGAAUAGUCAAUUGUAGUGUAUUUUUUUCGGACGUCUUCGGUGUGGUAGUUUUUUUUUUCCUGUCAUGUGCUAACUUCUUCGAGAUUGUGCACGAAAAUGGAAUGAAGAAUUGAGAUGUUUUUUGUUAAGGCA